CGACGGAAUAGAGUCAAAGUGUAUUUCUGGGGUAGUCUCCACAGGGACUGGGGUCCGGUGUGAGCCAUACGGACUAUGGCUAUAUAGUCGAUUCUUACCCCCAGAUCGCUUUGGUCUCAUCUCUAUACCCAUACCCUCUAUCGAACCUCCCACCUCACCUGUGGGGAGAUCAUCGAAGAUGGAGAAGGAUUCGGAAAUUGUCCAUAUAGAAUCGAAGCGGAAUCAGGGCAUGGACAACGCCGCUCAUGCUGUCCAAUCCGAACGUGAUAUGGGCUUUCGGGAGGCCAUCCGCCUCUAUCCCAUGGCAGUCGUCUGGUCAGUAGGGCUCUCGAUGGCGGUGGUCAUGGAAGGAUAUGCGGUCAUGUUACUAUCCAGCUUCUACGCACUUCCCCAGUUCAAUCGCAAAUAUGGUCAGCUCCAGCCGGAUGGCACCUACGUGAUCUCCGCCCCUUGGAAAUCGGCGCUUUCCAACGGCGCCGUUGUUGGCGAAAUCAUUGGCCUUUUCUUCACGGGCAUCGUUCAAGACCGCUUCGGCUACCGUCUGACAAUCUUUGGAGCCUUGUGCCUGGUCACUGGAUUUAUCUUCAUUUUAUUCUUUGCGCAAAACAUCGAAAUGCUCCUAGCUGGGGAAAUUCUGUGCGGCAUCCCUUGGGGCGCCUUUCAAACCAUCACUGUGGCGUACGCCUCCGAGGUCUGUCCUGUCGCGCUUCGGGGAUACUUGACCACCUAUGUCAAUCUUUGCUGGGUCAUUGGCCAAUUCAUUGUGUCGGGUGUGCUGAGAGGGGUGCUCGAUAGAGCAGACCAAUGGGCGUACCGGAUCCCAUUCGCUGUGCAAUGGGCCUGGCCCAUCCCUUUGAUGAUCAUGUGUCUGUUGGCUCCAGAGUCUCCAUGGUGGCUUGUCCGCCAUGGUCGGCAAGAGGAAGCACGCGAAAGUCUGGUGCGCUUAAUGAGUCGGUCGAACAAUACUGUCGAUGAUACCUUGGCCAUGAUCCAGCACACCGAUCACCUUGAAAAAGAAACCUCAGCGGGCACUUCGUACCGGGAAUGCUUCAAGCGAUCGAAUCUGCGACGCACAGAAAUUGUGUGCUUGGUGUGGUUGAUCCAGGUAAUCUGUGGAUCACAACUCAUGGGCUAUUCGACUGUGUUUUAUAUUGCAGCAGGACUCCCUUCGAGCGCUUCGUUCAACAUGUCGCUGAUCCAGUAUGGGCUCGGGGUCCUCGGAACGAUCCUUUCUUGGUUUCUCAUGACACACGUGGGCCGCCGAACUCUUUACCUGUACGGGAAUAUUGCCCUGUUUUGGCUUCUUCUAGUCACCGGCUUUGUUUCACUGGCGCCCCAUAAUGCGAACGUGAACUGGGCCAUUGGGGCACUCCUGUCCGUGUUCACAUUCACGUAUGACCUGAUGGUGGGACCUGUCUGCUAUUCACUUGUAUCAGAGCUCUCAUCGACGCGAUUGCGCGCAAAGUCUGUGGUGUUGGCUCGAAACCUCUACAACGUUGGAAAUAUAGUGGUUAAUGUGUUGAUAAAUUAUCAGCUCACCUCGACAGCAUGGAAUUGGGGAGCUAAGUCCGCCUUUUUCUGGGCUGGGGUGUGCUUUUGCUGCGUUGUUUGGGUAUUCUUUCGUCUACCAGAGCCGAAAGGGAGAACAUAUGCGGAGCUUGACGUUCUUUUUGAAACAGGCGUGUCCGCUCGGAAAUUUGCAUCAACCGAGGUGGAUAUCUUUCAGUCAACCAUUGUCCCCAAGUGAGACGUGGAGAACGACUGGUCCGCCACCUCUUCCCGUGGGGAUGUGAUCAUUGAGGAUCUCUGGGGGAGGAUACUCAAGGGUCGUUUGAACGGUGGAAGCAGUCGACGAUGUCAGGGUGGCCCGGGACACUAUGUACAUAAACAGGACGUUCGUAAGCUUCACAUUAAUUUCCUGUGAUGACAAAGUUGCCUUCCAACGUACAUGCGGCCCUUUGGUCUUCCCCAUCUUCGUCUGCAACGGCGAAUUUGUACAGCAUAGUCAAGGGGCUACAGAAACAAAUCGAGUACUCGGCCAGUCGGCCUCCCAGAGACAAAGCGAAUUUAUCAUGAGAGUUUGGACUUAAGGAAAGGUAUCUUUGAAUUGAACCUAGUCGAUCCAGGUUUUGUGUCAUUGUCGCUGUCCAGCCUUCCAGAUUUAUCGAGCAAUGGAUGAAAUCAGCCAGGGCGUUGCCUACGUCGUAUAUUUUCUCGAA